AGUGAAAAUGUGGUUUCGCAAGUUCCUGUUUUGUGCGUUUGUGAUUGCAUGGGCCGAAGCCGUGCAGGAUGUUCAAUUAGAAAUUCCUCAGGGAUUUCUGAAAGGUCUAAAGACCAAUACCGUUUUGCAGAACAAGCCGUACUACAGCUUCAAAGGGAUACCCUACGCGAAAUCUAAUGUCGGUCUUAAUAAAUUCCAGAUGCCAGAUCCAGCUGACUCCUGGGAAGGCACAUAUGACGCGACCUAUCAUCGUUCGGCCUGUCCGUUCUUCUGCAUGAUAAAACAAGACAUGGUCGGCGAGGAGGAUUGUCUUUAUCUUAACGUUUACACUCCAGUAUUGGACAAGGAAGCGCGCAAGGCUGUUAUGGUGUGGAUCCACGGCGGUAAUUUCAACAACGGUUUCGGAGACGAUCUGUUUUACGGACCCGACUUUUUGGUCGAACACGACGUUGUCCUUGUAACAUUCAAUUACAGACUCGGCCCCAUCGGAUUUUUAAACACUCUUGACAAAAGUGCUCCUGGAAACGCCGGGCUGAAGGAUCAGGUAAUGGCGCUGAAAUGGGUCAAGGAUAACAUACAUUAUUUCGGUGGCUGUCCAAACCGAGUGACCAUCUUCGGCGAAGACGCGGGUGCAAGUUCCGUCCAGUUUCACAUGAUGUCCCCUAUGUCUGACGGUCUGUUCAACAGCGCCAUUCAGCAGAGCGGAAGCGCGGUGAAUACUUGGGCGAUAUCUUACAAUCCAAGAGAAGUAGCUUUCAAAUUGGGAGAGAAGCUCGGCAUUGAGACUACCGAUUCUGCUGAGCUGGUUGCCAGACUCGCGGAAUUUACCGCAAAAGAAUUAAUUACAGUCAGCGGGGAAUUAAUGAAGACCGAGAACACUAUGAACGGCCGUUUCGCGGCGUUUCUUCCAUCCGCCGAGGUUGACCUGGGACAAGAGGUAUUUCUGCCCAACGAUCCUUGGACGCUUCUGAAAUCCGGAAAAAUUGCUGACGUGCCGGUUAUGGCUGGAAUUACGACCGACGAGUCUGCCUUCUUCGUGCAGAUGAUGCUCGGUAAUAUCGAUCAAAUGAACGAGCACUUCGAGAACUUUCUGCCGGACGACUUGAACGUAACCGAUUCCGGACAGAGAAACCAACUGGGUGAAAGCCUUAAGAGUUUCUACUUCGAGGAUAAGUCGAUUUCCACGGAAACGACGAAAGAGUUCAUGAUGAUGUUGGACGACGUCAUGUUUGACGUGCCGACCGCGCUUAGUUUAGAAAUAUUAAGCUCCCGAAUCUCGUCGCCAAUUUACGAGUACAUGUUCUCUUACGAAGCUCCGUUCGGUAUGAUGAAAUCGUUGUUCCACGUGGAAGAAGGUGUUGCUCACGGGGAUGAUAUGACGUACGAAUUUUAUUCGGACAUCUUGAAAAAUGUGCCGCAAACUGGUUCUCCCGCGGAGAAAAUGACGCACAUCUUCACCAUGUUACUGACGAAUUUUGCAAAAGACGGAAAUCCCACGUCGACCAUGAAUGAGUAUGUAAAUGUGAAUUGGGAGCCUAGAGGCACGGAAGAUAAAUAUAUGAAUAUUAAUCAAGAAUUAAAAAUGGAAAAAGGCUUGUUGCGAGAUAGGAUAGACUUCUGGAAGAACUUGUACAAAAAUGUACUUGGUUAAUUGUAUGUAACAUAUCAAUCAAUACCAGUGUUAUUAAUUACAACAAAUAAAGAAAGAAAAAUUAUCCAAGCUUGCAAA